UAAAAAAUCAUUUCAACCUUCCCAACCUUGCCGUCGAUCUUCCAUGCACCUGCUGCUGAUUGCUCUCGCCCUGCUUUCAACUGCCGGUGCUGAGUAUGUCCACUAUCCUUCAAAUGGAUGCACUCGUCACAACGUGAUGAACGGGUUCCAGCUCAAAUUUGAAGGACCGCAAGGGAUCUUUAAGAACGAUCAUGGUGUUGUCUCAAUCAGCUUCUUCUGCAAUCCACCAGACGGACUCACCAAUGACGCCAUUUCCAACAAGCUUGUUGUUAAGCCGGAGCUCCCAUUUGGCCACUGGAGAGAGAUUCAAUGGUGCCCGAAUGGAACUGUUAUCAUCGGAAUACAAACCAAAUCUGACCGUGGUAGAAUUGACAAAGCUGGUAUCACCAACUUUGCUGCCAAGUGCGGACGUCCGGAAGUCAGAACUGGAACUGAGACCUGGGCUUGGGAGAAUCUCGAUACUUUUGGCGGUUGGGACAAGGAAAUCAAUUGUCCGGUUGGAGAGGCAAUGUAUAGAUUUAGAGCGAAUAUUGCCAGAGGUCGAGGGCUUUUUAAAUUUACUCACUUCAGCUGCAAUAAGGUUGAAUGACUGUUAAAUCAAAAAAAAACAAUUUCAAAUAAAGAUGUUUC